AUGGGUGAUGCGGGACACAUUCUCGGUAUCAAGGUUCUUAGGAACCGAGCAAAGAGAAUGUUGUGCUUAUCCCAAGAAUCUUACAUCGAAACAGCAUUGUUGAAAAAGGUUAUAACUAGGGAAGAAUGGGAAAAGAAGCUCAAUAGUGUUACCACCAGGAUCAAGGAUAUGAACAAAUUGGUGAUGAAUUUUCUGGUUACACAGGGUUAUGUUGAGGUUGCGGAAAGAUUCCAACUAGAGAGUUGGAGAAUAGCAGAUAUAGAGCUUGCAACUAUCACAGAUCGUAUGGCAGUACAGAGUGGUAAUGUGGAGGACGCGAUUGCAAAAGUUAAUGAUUUGAACCCUGAGACAUUGGACACAAACCCCCAACUCUUUUUCCAUCUCCAACAACAAAGGUUGAUACAACUCAUCCGCGAUGCCAAGAUUGAAGAAGCUUUGCAGUUUGCUCAAGAACAACUUGCUCCAAGAGGGGAAGAAAAUCAAUGUUUUUUACAAGAGUUGGAGAGGACCGUUGCGCUGCUUGCAUUCGAAGACGUUAGCAAUUGCCCCAUUGGCGAGUUGCUAGAUAUAUCACAGCGCCUCAAGACUGCUAGUGAGGUUAAUGCAGCUAUCCUCACUAGCCAAUGCCAUGAAAAAGAUCCAAAACUUCCGAGCUUAAUGAAAAUGUUGAUGGGGGCUCAAAAUCAGCUGGAUGAAAAGGCUUCUUAUCCUCGACUUAAUGACAUUUCUACUGCAACACUCGAGGAUCCUUCUCUUUGACACCACUGCAACAUCACUUGUAAUUAUGCUAGAUUUAGUAGUGCUCAUGUUUCUAC